ACAUUAUGUGUUAAAAAAAAAAAAAGGUUUUGCAGACUGUUUUUUGUAGUUGGGGUCAGAAGCCUCCCUGUUUGUUGAUUUCUGAGGGCCUGACCUGAGAUCAGUCUGCAUGUGUUCCCGCCCCCCUCACCUUAUCUCUGGCCUGUCUGCCAGCUUCUUAUUAACAUAAUUAUGCAGCCGCACACCGGGAGGUUUCACAGGUUAAAACAAACGUCCUGCGCUCUUUGGGAGCAACGUUACAGGUGAAGAAUCAAACAGCGCUGAGUUCAAUCAGACAUGAGGCCAGACAUGAGUCAUCUCGUGCUGCUAGCGGUGUGUUUCCUCGGUGUGUGCGCUCUCUCACAUGUGGAUGAGAUGAAAAGCCAGGAGCGGCUCUUCCUCAGCUCCCUGGGGCUCUCCGGGCGGCCCCGACCCGCAGGGAGCCAUCAGCCCCGGCGCCACGUCCCCCCAGCCCUCUGGAGGAUGUUCCGGAGGUCAGAGAACAUCCAGGCCCAGGAGAGUGAUCCCUGCACGGUGUCUGAGUACGGAGUCCGCGGCAACAUCAUCCGAUACGUGCAAGACCAAGGCAGGCUGGUGUCUGGCUGGAGCAGCAGCUGUCAGGCCUGUCUGGAGAAACAGCUUUUCUUCAACAUGUCCGUCCUGCAGCCUGUGGAGCUGCUGUCUCUGGCUCAGCUGGAAAUCAAGUUCCACUGGAAGCCCUUCAGAUCUGCAGAGCUCCUGCAGGGGCCCCGGGCUCUCAGCGUGUCUCUGUAUAAAGUGAUUCGAGCCACGCUGAGGGGAGCCAAUCCCCAGGCCAACCGCAGACCCCUGCUGUCACAGUCAGUCCAGCUGCAGCCUGAACCCACCUCCAUCACCAUUGACCUCACCUCGCUGGCGGAGAGCUGGCGCAAACCGGGACGCAACUACGGUUUGGUUUUAGAGUUGCUGCCUCUCAGCGCUGAUCCAAAAGAGCUGCUUCCUUUUCACCCCGGGAACUCCCUCCCAUUGGAGCCAGCCUUCACCUUGCCGCUGAUCCAGGCCUCGCUGGUGGCCGUGUCCCUCAACCCCCACCAGUGUCGCUCCAGACAGAGAAGAAGCGCCGUCCACCUCCCCGUGACCCCCAGCAACGUGUGCAAGGCCCGCCGCCUCUACAUUGACUUCAAAGACGUGGGCUGGCAGGACUGGAUCAUAGCUCCGCAGGGCUACAUGGCCAACUACUGCCACGGCGAGUGCCCGUUCCCACUCAGCGAGAGUCUGAACGGCACCAACCACGCCAUCCUGCAGACCCUGGUGCAUUCCCUGGACCCGCACGGCACGCCACAACCCUGCUGCGUCCCCAUCCGCCUCUCCCCAAUCUCCAUGCUCUACUAUGACAACAACGACAACGUGGUGCUUCGACAUUACCAGGACAUGGUGGUGGAUGAGUGCGGGUGUCGAUGAGGUUUCGGGCAUUUCGAUUGGCCCUUGACUGUCAGAUAUCCACCUGAUGUUUUUUUUUUUUAAGCUUCUUGGUCAAAAGUUAAGAGUCUUAAUAUCUAAAUGCUGUUUGAUGAUUUGUCAGUUUAGGUUUUCACGGUUCACAAUGUUCUUUGCAGUCAGUGAUUUUUAAAGAAUUUAAAUAUGUAUUUGUUUGUUUUCACAGAAAUUUAGACAUGUCUUUUAAUAUGAAGGCUGAUAAUAAAAAUUGCGAUAAAGCCACACUGGAGGACUGAAUUCGAAAGGCAAGUUUUCUUUUUUGGUGGAGCUUUCUUUACUGAUCCACACUCUGAAAAUCAAAUGACCUGGGGGCCACUGGCCAGGUUGUCCUCUCUUAUGUGGCCCCUCAAACGCUUGGUGGAAAAUAAUCCAGUGCACAUACAUAUCAUAUAUAUAUAAAUAUGCUGAACUGCUUCAGGUGCUACAUUUAGAAACAAUAAUAGAUAAAGAAAGUGAUUUUUUGGCUUUGUCAAUUUCUUAGUGAUUCAGUGGAUUUGCAUGGUGAUUUGUAAGAGACCAAAGAGAUUAUUUAAGUCCAAAAGCUAAAGAUAGUCGAGUUGCAAAGAUACAAAACUCAGCAAAUCUCACAUUUGAGAAGCUGUUGACAAUGUUUGGCAUUUUUUCUUGAUAAAGGACUUAAAUGAUUUCUGUUGAUCAACUAAUCGAUAAAUCACCUAAUCAAAUUGUAAUUGUAGCCUGAAGAUAAAACUCACGUCUUCCUGGGAGACAAAUGCUCAUUUCAAAUAACUAUGUACAUAGUAUUUGCAUUACAAUAAACUCCUCAAGUUUUGGAAUGUAA